CUGGAUUUGAUUCUGUAGAAAAAUGCCUCGAGCGCAAAGGGUUAAUGUAUUCUUCAAUUGUUAUAACAGUAACACAUAAAAUAUACAUAACAUAUGUAAAAUAUACUCUGCAAUUAUUACAAUAACUUUCUCAUUUUAUUACACAUACUUUCCACAUAUUCGUUACAUUACUUUACAUCACAAAUGCCCAAAAUUCUUAUUCUACUUCCAAACAAUCAAAAUCCAAAACUCCAAAAUUAAUUUCUACACCCAACAUCUCAAACAAAGAAUACUUUCCACUUCUCAACCAUCCCCAUGCACCUAAACUCCGAGUAAAAAGUUAAACCAGAAUCUUAAGCAUAGAUGGAACCGGCAGACACGUGGUGGUUCCUCUUCAUAAGCGGGGCACCAUCCCCUGGAGCCCCAAGAGCAAACUCCCAAUCUCGACUCUCCGAAUAAUAGAGUUCCAGCACAGACGCGCACGCCUGCGCAGAGAGAGGAAGCCCUGAGCGUCAUUUGAGUGGUAGGGGAUCCAACGCCAAUCAGGGAGCAGGCCAGUGCUCGGGCGCGAUUCCAUUGGUCGUGGCGCGCGGAGUGGGGGCCGAUGGUGGGAGAGCAGAAAGCAACGGAUUGGAGAGCAGCUGUAAGGCACGCGUUAGGCUUAUGACGGAGCUGCGAGGACCGCAUGGUGGGGGGUGGCAGCAGUGGGGCGGCGGGAGUGGGGAGGUGUGGACACUUGGGGCGCAGCAGCAGCGCUUUAGGCAGUCUGGAUGCAGGCGCGCCGCUGUGCGCUUGCGUCGUCCUCGGAAAAUCUUUUCCUAUUUUCUUUCUUCUUUUUCUCCUCUUGUAUAUACAUUUUCCUUUCCUCCCAUUGAUUCCGUCACCGAGGGCAACCUUCUGCCCUGCUUUCCACGUUCGACACGUUUCGAUUGAAAUCACUGAGUCAACUGAGGAGAUCCAGGAACAGGGGACUAGAAGACCUACGGAUCUUGAUCUAAAGUUGGAGGAAAAAUUCAGUCACUCUGGAGUCGAGAUGCAAAGGGGCCAUGGUGUCAAGGUCUCCAGCACCCCACUGGUCACAUGUACCUCUACUUCAAUCACCUAUGGUUCAUCGGGGAAUCCUGGUUGCAAACUAGCUCUGAAACUCCUCGCCUUGUCGAAAAGGGGAAAGUAGGAAGCCCUCAGACAUCGGAGGGCCUGUAUAAACCAAACUGUACAUAUGCAAUACGUUUAGCUUGUACAUAGGGUAAGAAUAUGGUAGAGAGAGAGAGAGAUGUAGAGUACUGAUACUAAAAGUACAACGCUACUUCAGCCGCUUGCUUGGGAAAUGAAAAUUUCUUUCCAAGUUUCACACUAUGCAGUCAGCAUUGCAGCAGAUGAAGUAUCACUGUGAGCAGAGAAGAUGGAAAACUUGAAUAAUCCAGAAAACCACUGAACAAAAUGAUCAAAAAAUUCUAAAAUUAAAAAGAUUGCAAGAAAGAAGUUCUAAAGAAAUCCUAUGAUCCUGAAAUUCUUCUGUCGAAAGUAUCCUUGCAAAUUGAAUUAUGGUAUAAUCCAUCAUUUCAUUAGAGGAUACAGCAACUCUGGCAUGUCUUAAAUCUUGAUGAGCUCAGCUUAGAUGGCUCCGCUCUACUUUGGCUCAUAUUUGAAACACAACUUUUAAAUUUCCUUUGGAAUUUCUUUCACUUGACCAAUUUUAUAAAUAGGAUAAUCCACAGAAUUUCUCAACCUUCUCAAAGAUCUAUCUAAAUUGUAUAUUAAGCAAUUCUCUGUACAGGAGAGCGUUAUUUCAAAUCAAAUUAUUAACAAAUUAUAAAAUCAUACUUCAAUUACCACUUAUAUUGUUCAACAAGAAAUCGUCAAUAAGGAUGUAUGUUAAAAGUCAGUUAGUUGUUAAAAGACGUACUAUGAAUUUAAAUUCAAUUUAUGUUUUACUCUAAGAGAAAAAUCUGUGGAUGGAAUUAUGUUCAUGCAGGAAUUAUUUAUCAAAUCGUACUAUGAAUUUAAGUUCACUAUUUGAUUUUGAAGUACAAAAAGCUAUUCAAAAUUUUAAUGAAGACUUCAUCUCUGAGUAGAUUAAGUAUUGAUAGAAAUGUAGACAUAGUAAUAAUUAAUUCUAGCUUUUAAUUGUAUUUAUCAAAUAUACUUUGACUAAUCAUAAAUUUAUCCUUACGUACAACAAAGUAUUACUGUAGAAAAUUGAUAAGUAUGAUGAUUUCUAGUCCCAAAGCUAUAAAUCUAUUAUAAAACUCUGUUUUUAAGUCAAUAACAGAAACUUAUCAUUCUAAGUGAUGUUUUAACUUCUUGCAAUUUAAUAUAAAAAUUAAAACAUGGAAUCUAGUCGAUACCAAAAAUUAGUAAACAAAAAUUCAUCUAGUCAUAAAAUGAUCUAUUUAUUAAAUCUAGUCAUGUUACAUUCUAGUCACCUAUUCAUUCUAGUCGCUUACCUUUAGCUCACAGAGAUGUAUACUUAAUUUAAUUUUACUUAAUACUGAUUCAUAAAACAAGUUUGGCAACUCAAGAGUUGAACAAGAUUUGAGACUAUUGAAUGCAAUUCAAAUAAUACAAUGCCUGAAAGUGUAAGUAAAUGAAAAUUCUUUUGGGUGAUUAAUUAGAAAACUUAUGAAGUAUAAAAAGGCCAAAAAACUUUGUAUUCAAAUUUAUUUUUCACAAUUCAGAGCAUUUUGGUAUGAAAACAAAAAAUAAUAACUCAAACUACAUUUUUAUAAAAUUUCAAAUAUUUUAAAUCCUAAAUAUUUUUAAUUUCCAAGAUGCCAAACUUCUCAGUAUUGAUGUCAAGUAUUAAUCUAUAAGUAUUUUCUUUGCUAUUCUAGUCAGUUUUAUUCCUAAGCACUAUUUGUAAGUAGAAAUUCAUAUUCGCAAGCAAAUAUGCAGGCCACAAGUAAAUGCAAUUCUGAUUUUAAUUCCAGAGUGUCGUACAUAAUUGUAUAUUCUAUAAAUAAUUGUAAUAUUAACAUUGUCCGUGGAUUGGCGAUGCCAUAGAAGAUUAGGAAAGUAUUUCUUUUCUGUUGAAUUUUUAACCAAUUGCUUUGUCUUACUCAACAAUUGAUGGAAAACUCCAACCAUUUGUUAGCAUCGCCUAUUUAUCAAUAGAUAACGUAAAUGUGGUUCUUUAUUUUAUUAUGGGAACGUGCCAGUAUUUUAUUCUAGUAUUGCUAUUGUAUAGAAUGUCAUAGAAAGAAACAUUUUUGUAAACAAAAUUUGCAAACACUGUAAAAUAAUUUAUUUAAAUCAUGAUAAUCUGUAACUACAAUUGCUACAGCUCAAAAUCAUUAAAAAUAACGAUAAAACUAACUAAUUACAUUGCUUUUGUACUUUGAUCGCUUUGGCUAUUUUAUCCUACAUUUGUAUCGAUCUCAGUGAACCCUUUGCAGUCCUAAGUCGAGUGAUGGUCUACAAAAAUGUGUUAAUUUAAUCAAAAAGUUAGGAUCACAAGGAGUUGUUUAGCUCUGCAUGAGAAAUGUCCACAUCGGCAGCUAUUUGUACAGAAUUAAGUUAUCUUAUUUAAGUAGUAUUAAACAAUUGAGUAAUGAAAGACAAGAUCAUAUUUUGUGAAUGAUCAAUCGGCCAAUGAAUAAGUACAAAAAGUAGCAUUUAAGAAAUAAUAUUGUGUGGAAGAACUAUUAUAGGGCUGUGUUUAAUAAUUAGAAAUAAGUCUGGACGUCAAAUCAAAUUUAAUUUAAAAUUUAUCGAGUUCUACAGAUAUUUUCUUCACCGAUUGAAGUCAAUAUUCUCAAAGUGAUUUAAUUUAUUACAAGGAAUUUUUUGAAAUUUAUUUCAUUCUUUCCAUAUUUGUAACUUUGACCAAAUUAUAAAAAAAUUCUAGUCACAAAGGAAUAUAAAAUAUAAGUAACGCGCAGUAACACGUAUAAUUUAUCUGUGAGAGUAUAUAUUAUUAAGAGUGGCCUCUAGUCAAAGAAAUCACGGACACCAACUUGAACAGUUUAAGCCAAGUUUUCAAUUCAAAAAGCAACAGUUAGAUGUAAAUAAAGUAUGCUAAUUAAAUAUAUUAAACUAUAUCUUUCUAUUUUACCUAUCUUUAUUAAAUAGAAAGAUACAGUUCAUUAUAAUUAUAUAAUAAAUCAUAAUAGAAUAUUUUUUAAGCACUCAAAUAUCUAGUAUUUUAUCUAGUCUAUGAUUUUCAAAUUAAUGGUAAUAUGUUAGCCAUAAAGUAUGUAAGAAAUCGAAUUAUAAAACUAUAAUUUGCAUAAAUAAUUUAUAUAAUUUGCUUCUGAAUUUGACUUAGCUAACUUAGUAGAGUAAUCGAUCUCAGUCCGUGAUCCAUAAAUCUAGUCUAUGAUAAUGUAUAGCAAUUCAGUGUAAACACCAUAUCGUGUAACUUCAUGAAAAUGCGACAGAAGUGUGUACAUAUUAUGAUUACGAAUGUAGAACAUGAUCAAAAAUGUACAGUUUAGUUUGUAAAAAUGUGUAUUUAGCUGAGAGGCUUUUAUUACAGCCAUAUAUAUACAGGGUGUCCCAAAAAAGUUGGAGGUCCUUGAAAAGGGUAGUUCAGGGGGUGAUUUGAAACAACUUUUUCCUUAGCGAAAUUGUUGUCCGAGGCUUCGUUGAGCAGAUAUUAACGGAAAACCAUGACCAAUCAGAGCGCGAGUAUCCCGUUGAAGCCGAGGUUACACGCUAGGCGUCCGCGUUCAUACGCUACCGCGAGCGCUCCACCGGCAUACUCGCGCUCUGAUUGGUCAGUGUUUUCCGUUAAUAUCUCCUCAACGAAGCCUCGGACAACAUUUUCGCUAAGGAAAAAGUUGUUUCAAAUCACCUUCCGAACUACCACUUUCAAGGUGUUACAACAUUUUUGGGACACCCUGUAUACAUAUAUAUUAUGUGAACACGCAUAUGAACGUGAACAAAAAUAUAUAUGUACAUAUAUGGCUGUAAUAUUUCUCUAAACGACAAUAUAUUAAGCAUCGAAAUCAUUGUAUACAUCAUCAAACAAAAGUAAUUCGAAGUUCGACGCAGGUAAAGCAGAGCAACUCCGAAGUUCGACAUGGGUAAUGCAGAGCUACUACGAUGUUCGAUGUGGGUAAUGCAGGCUACUCCGAUGAUCAGCGACAGCAGAGCUACUACGUAGUUCUGUAUCAAGACAACGGCUUAACGAACAUAGUUUCGCGACCUACGAAGUCCUCUGCUGAUCUGAAGCACACUGAAAUCAAAGAGGGUUGCAAGAUUGUAGAGGAGAAACUAAAAAUCUAUAAACCCAAGAUUGCUGUUUUCAAUGGCAAAUGUAUCUACGAAGUUUUCGCUAGUAAAACGGUCAAUUUCAAUUUUGGACUGCAACCAGAGUCUAUAGAGAACAUUGCAUUUUGGGUCACUCCGUCGAGUAGUGCUCGCUGUGCAAACUUUCCUAGAAUGACAGACAAGUUGCACUUCUAUACUGCCUUGAAAAAAUAUUUGCGAUUUCUAAAAGGAGAAAUUAAGGAAGUCGAUACUAAAGAAUUUCUGUUUGAAGGAAAAUGCAAACAGUUCAUUCCUCGAACUUCGAAGAUGUGGAGACGAAAAGAUGUGUCUGUAUUCUUGCACGGAGGAAAAAUUGCUAACAAGCACACUGUAUGUCUGGACACAUCUGAUGAAAGCAUAGCAAUAACUUAUAGUACGGAAUUUAUUGUAGAGCAAAAAGAGGGUAACAAACAAAAUGAAGUGAAAAAUGAGAGCGAUAGACAGAAAACUGAAUCAUUACCAAAUUCAAAACUGUAUGAUUCACGAACAAGCAUAAAAGUGUGUCUUGAAGAUAAUCUAUCUAGAGAAAAAGAAGAUUCUUUGCAAAAAGAACAUUCAGAGCUUGUAAAUGGUACAAAGAAUGAUACUGAUUCAUUUGAAAAUAGUAAUUUAGAAAAAAUUGUAGAAUCCAAAGCAGCAAUGGCUAAAAAAACUAUAACCAAUAAUAGAAAAAAGAAAAAUAUUAAAAGAAUUUCACAGAAACCAAUCAGAAUCAAGCAUAAUGUAGAAGAUAAUCCUGAUUCAGUCUUUGUUAGUUUAAUUAAACGGAGACUGGAGACAAAAGCGAAAAAUGAUUCCAAAGAUAAACAGGAAGACUGAUCUGAAGUCAUUGUUAGAAUAGUUCGAUUCAGAAAACAAUUAGGAUUUAGAUUUAAGUAAACGAUUCUUAAGAAAAUUUGGUAUUAUUUUAGUAUAAUUAUCUUUUUUUUUUUACAUGAAUGUGAAGAUGCAUAAUAAAGUAUUUUUAUAGUAUACAUCAAAUUCAAAGUAAUCAAUUCCUGUAACUUUUAUUAAUAACUGUGGAUGUUUAUACAAAUGCAUGUAUGUAAGUGUUUUUUGAAGAUUUCAUUGAUGUACAUCUCAUUUUGCUUAUAUGUACAUAUGUAUACAGAAUUAAAUAUCUGUUAUUUUUGGAGA